AUGUCACAAAGCGUCGGACGAACCCGGCUCGCUUAUUCUCGUACAUGGCAUCACAUAGAUGUGGGCUCUGACCCACGAAGUCUAGGGCGCGUAGCCUCUUCCAUUGCCCUAUUUCUUAUGGGCAAGAAUAAACCCAUUUACGACCCUUCCACAGACUGUGGUGACUAUGUCGUGGCAGUAGGCUGCCAGAAGAUUCACACGACAGGUAAAAAGCGGUUUCAGAAGCUGUAUUAUACGCAUUCAACGAGACCAGGAGGACUUAAGUCCAUGUCAAUGGAUAAAAUGUUUGAGAAGUGGGGCGGCGCGGAAGUCCUAAGAAGAGCAGUGAAGGGGAUGUUACCAAAAAAUAAAUUAAGAGAAGUAAGGAUGGCAAGGUUGAAAGCUUUCGAGGGUAAAUCACACCCAUACAGAGCAAAUAUUGUCAAAUAUGGCGGCAAAAGCGUGUUGGGCGAGCUCCCGGACGUCUGCAAGGCUUUUCAACGAACCAGAGAGUCGCCUACUGUGCGAUAA